GGAAGCGAAAGCAACAUCCGGGUAGUACUUCCGGUGGCUAAAGCUGGUGUUUGGACUGUUGUGGCAUCUCAGCUAUGCGUCUGCUACCAUGAAUUGAAACCGGAGUGUCCCGUUGGGUCCUAGAAAACGUCUUGUGACUGGGUGGACAGGAAGCAGGCAGACAUGUACGCCUCGGGUAAAUACAGCUCCCGUGGACCGGCGCUCAUCCCACGGAUGAAAACCAAGCACCGCAUAUACUACAUCACACUCUUCUCCGUGGUCUUGCUUGGCCUCAUCGCCACCGGGAUGUUCCAGUUCUGGCCUCACUCCAUCGAAUCCUCCGCCGAAUGGACCGUGGAGAAGCGCAGCAUUCACGAUGCUCCUCUGGUGCGCCUCCCAGUCACCAGUCCCAUUCCCGAGAGAGGCGACCUCAGCUGUCGCAUGCAUACUUGUUUCGACGUGUACAGAUGCGGCUACAAUCCCAAGAACCGAAUUAAAGUUUACAUCUAUCCGCUGCAGAGGUUUGUUGAUGAACUCGGGGUUCCGAUCAGCAGCACGGGACUGUCGGGGGAAUACAACGACCUGCUCAGCGCCAUAUCGGAUAGUGACUUCUACACCGACGACGUCAACAGGGCUUGUCUCUUUAUCCCGUCGACGGAUGUUCUCAACCAGAACUCUCUGCGUAUCAGAGAGACUGCACAAGCUCUAGCGAUGCUACCCAGGUGGAACAAAGGAAUGAAUCACCUACUUUUCAACAUGUUGCCAGGCGGACCCCCAGACUACAACACUGCCUUGGAUGUUCCCAGAGACAGAGCGCUGCUAGCAGGAGGCGGUUUCUCGACCUGGACCUACAGACAGGGUUAUGAUGUCAGCAUUCCGGUUUACAGCCCUCUCUCGGCGGACGUGGAGCUGCCUGACAGACAACCGGGGCCUCGCCGCUACUUUAUCCUGUCCUCUCAAACCGCCAUUCACCGAGAGUACCGGGCUGAACUGGAACGCUUGAAGGAAGAAAACGGUGAGGCGCUGCUCCUGCUGGACAAGUGCAGCAACCUCUCCCAGGGAGCUGGCUCGGCUCGGAAGCGCUGCUGCAAGGGUCAGGUGUACGACUACCCGCAGAUCCUGCAGGAAUCCUCUUUUUGUGUGGUCCUGAGGGGGGCACGCUUGGGUCAAGCCGCUCUCAGUGAUGUUCUCCAAGCUGGCUGUGUCCCGGUCAUCCUGGCGGACUCCUACAUUCUUCCCUUCUCCGAGGUUCUUGACUGGAAAAGAGCAUCUGUGGUUAUUCCAGAGGAGAAGCUUUCCGAGAUGUACACCAUCUUGAAGAGUAUUCCGCACAGACAAGUGGAGGAGAUGCAGCGACAGGCACGUUGGUUCUGGGACGCGUACUUCAGCUCCAUGAAGGCUAUCGGCUUGACAACGCUCCAGAUCAUCAACGACCGCAUCUACCCAUACGCCGCACGGACCUAUGAGCAGUGGAACAAUCCACCCGUGGUGAAGUGGUCCAGUGUCAACAGUCCCCUGUUUUUGCCACUCAUCCCACCGAGAGCACCCGGCUUCACAGCUGUGGUCCUGACCUACGAUCGCGUAGAGAGUCUCUUUCGAGUCAUCACCGAAAUCUCCAAAGUCCCGAGCUUGGCUAAGCUGCUGGUGGUGUGGAACAACCAGAACAAGAGUCCUCCCGAGGAAUCCCUCUGGCCUAAGAUCAGCGUCCCACUCAAAGUUGUUCGAACCAAAGAGAACAAGCUGAGUAACCGUUUUUUCCCCUACGACGAGAUCGAGACGGAAGCCGUGCUGGCGAUCGAUGACGACAUCAUCAUGUUGACAUCGGAUGAACUGCAGUUUGGCUAUGAGGUAUGGAGGGAGUUCCCUGACAGGCUCGUGGGUUACCCAGGCCGACUGCACCUUUGGGACCACGAAAUGGGGAAGUGGAAGUACGAGUCCGAGUGGACCAAUGAGGUCUCCAUGGUUCUCACUGGCGCUGCUUUUUACCAUAAGUACUUCAACUACCUGUACACAUACAAGAUGCCGGGAGACAUCAAGAACUGGGUGGACGCGCACAUGAACUGCGAAGAUAUCGCCAUGAACUUCCUGGUGGCUAAUGUUACCGGCAAAGCCCCCAUAAAGGUGACCCCCCGGAAGAAGUUCAAGUGUCCCGAGUGCACUGCCAUCGAUGGGCUGUCCCUGGAUCAGACUCACAUGGUGGAGAGAUCUGAGUGCAUCAACAAGUUUGCAUCCGUUUUCGGUACCAUGCCUCUGAAAGUGGUGGAGCACCGCGCCGACCCGGUUCUCUACAAGGACGACUUCCCGGAGAAACUCAAGAGCUUCCCCAACAUCGGCAGCCUCUGACUAACAUGCGGUCCGUGUCGUGACCUUGCCACGGCCCCCGCAGACCCGCACCUGUCUGUCAUACCAAGGUAUCUUUUCUACUGAGGCGUUCCAGUAUUUAUAUUCCCGUUUGUUUUGGGAACCGUCAAGGAAUAUUAACAAAUGAAGACGUGAUGGAGUGUGACACUCGAUGCUGACUGAUAAAUGAUCCCGGGUGAGCUCCAGCUGUUAUGGAAUGAGUUCACAUGUACAUGUAUACAUAUAUAAAUAUAUACAUAUAUACAUAUGUUAGGGUGCAUCACAUUUGAAUGGGUCGCUAAUUAACCUAGCAUGAUUUGGAAUGGCGGAAACCGGAGUACCCGGAAUAAAACACACGCAUGCACGGGGAGAACAUACAAACUCCACACAGAGAUAGCCAAGGGUGGAAUCGAACUCGGGUCUCUAAUACGAAAUAUACAAACAAGUACCAAUAUGAGUUUGGAAAACUAUUGUUCCCAUCAUGGGCUGCACGGUGGGAAAAGUGGUUAGAACAGAACAUGCAAACUCCACACAGAGAUAACCGAGGGUGGAAUCGAACCCUGGUCUCCUAGCUGUGAGGUCCGCGUGCUAACCACUCGACCACCGUGACGCCCCUAAAUAAUCAUCACGAGGGUCGCGGGGGUGCUGGAGCCUAUCCCAGCUGUCUUUGGGACGAGAGGCGGGGUACACCCUGGACUGGUGGCCAGCCAAUCACAGGGCACAUAUAGACAAACAACCAUUCACACUCACAUUCAUACCUAUGGACAAUUUGGAGUCGCUAAUUAACCUAGCAUGUUUUUUGGAAUGUGGGAGGAAAACCGGAGUACCCGGAGAAAACCCACACACUAAACUGCAGCUAGGGCGGCACGGCGGUCGAGUGGUUAGCGCGCAGACCUCACAGCUAGGAGACUAGGGUUCAAUUCCACCCUUGGCCAUCUCUAAUGGCUAAGUCGCUUAUUAACCUAGCAUGUUUUUUGGAAUGUGGGAGGUAAACCGGAGUACCCGGAGAAAACCCACACACUAAACUGCAGCUAGGGCGGCACGGCGGUCGAGUGAUUAGCGCGCAGACCUCACAGCUCGGAGACAAGGGUUCAAUUCCACCCUUGGCCAUCUCUAAUGGCUAAGUCGCUAAUAACCUAGCAUGUUUUUUGGAAUGUGGGAGGAAAACCGGAGUACCCGGAGAAAACCCACACACUAAACUGCAGCUAGGGCGGCACGGCGGCCGAGUGGUUAGCGCGCAGACCUCACAGCUCGGAGAAUAGCGUUCAAUUCCACCCUUGGCCAUCUCUAAAUGCCAAAGUCGCUAAUUAACCUAGCAUGUUUUUUUGGAAUGUGGGAGGAAAACUGGAGUACCCGGAGAAAACCCACACACUAAACUGCAGCUCGGGCGGCACGGCGGUCGAGUGGUUAGCGCGCAGACCUCACAGCUCGGAGACUAGGGUUCAAUUCCACCCUUGGCAAUCUCUAAUGGCUAAGUCGCUAAUUAACCUAGCAUGUUUUUUUGGAAUGUGGGAGGAAAACCGGAGUACCCGGAGAAAACCCACACACUAAACUGCAGCUCGGGCGGCACGGCGGUCGAGUGGUUAGCGCGCAGACCUUACAGCUAAGAGACUAGCGUUCAAUUCCACCGUCGCUAAUUAACCUAGCAUGUUUUUGGAAUGUUGGAGGAAAACCGGAGUACCCGGAGAACCCCCACACACUAAACUGCAGCUAGGGUGGCACGGCGGUCGAGUGGUUAGCGUCGCUAAUUAACCUAGCAUGUUUUUGGAAAUUCAAUUCCACCCUUGGCAAUCUCUAAUGGCCAAGUCGCUAAUUAACCUAGCAUGUUUUUGGAAUGGGGGAGAAAACCCGGGGGGAGAUGCGAACUCCACACAGAGAUUGCCGAGGGUGGAAUCAAACCCUUGUCUCCUAGCUGUGAGGUCUGCGUGCUAACCACUCGACCACCGUGCCGCCCCUAAAUAAUCAUGUAUUGAAAAAAUAUUUUGUAUGUGUUGUUUCGACAUAUAUUGGAACACUUUUAGUACCUAGCUAUAUCAAAAUUCAAUAAUAACAUUUUUUGACGCACCCUAACAUACGUGUAUAGCAGGUGUAAAUUAUGAUUCCAUAUUGACUGUAAUUGUAGGCACGGGAAAAAAUAUGGCCGCGUAUGACCAGGAUCUAAUAUUUAGAUGAUGUGCUGAACACAACGUUGUUUCUGAGCUACUGGAUCGUUUCCGUGUCACGUUGUUACAAGUGUGUACACAGCUGUUGUUAGUUUCCUUAUUAAGUUGUGUGUGUGUGUGUGUGUGUGUGUCGUUAGAUGUUACAGUAAGCUUUUAAGAUGUUAACGUUGCUUAGCAUUGCCGUUUUAUUGUGUAUUUUUUUUUUAAAUACCCCGAAGGUCACUGCAACUUGAAAGGUAUGUAUUCAUUAUUUUUUGUAAUACAAAAUUAAACGAAAAGUGAACAUGCUCAUCCCCCCCGCGUGUGUAUUUUGAUGCCCCUAUUUGUUUUUUAGCGGGGGGGGGCCAAGCCGCCCCCCCCACCCAACCCUGACACCUGUUAUUAAUAUAGGCCAGCCUAAUCCACCCUGUUCAAUGUCAACGCUCGAAAAGACUGCUGUUCUUAUUUUCGUCAUCUUCAAUUAGCGUCACCCGCUCUUGUCGGCAGCGAGAUCUCAUUUCAUCAUUUCAGGGCUGGUGUCCUUCGAAAAUGCACGGAACGGGAUCGGAGAGGGGUGGGGUUCGUGAACGUGAGUCGUGGGGAUGACACAAAAAUUUUAAACGCCAUGCAGUCACAUGCUGUGAAUUUAUAGGAUAGGCGAAGACUUUAUUGAAAUUGCUAGGUUACAGUAGCUAAUAUAAGAUUAAUGAGAUUUGUAUAGUAAAACUGCUGCAGAUUUUUCUUUCAAUUACAGUAUAUUUUUACAAUACGCCACAAGCCUGUGAUUUAAAAAAAAAAAAAAAAAACAGCUACGCGCCGCAAGUGGCCCCUGGGGGCCACACUUUGGAAAACCCUGCUGUGAGUUCUACCUUGAUUGUAGCUGGUUCCAUCCUCACCGUGUAACCA